AGCGUCUUCCUUUCUCUGUUGAGAGUUGGUAAGACAUACGCACUCUCCUCCCUCAGCUUAUGUUUCACAGAAAACUUGAGAGAGAGACUCCUACACAGACGUUCAAUCCACCAAGCAUGCACCUCUUAAUCCCCUCUUCAUAUUACAAUUUUACCCCCUCCUCCUCCUCGUUCUCUGUUUCGCAUGUUCUCACCCAUCCGCCUCGCUCACCUUUCUCCCCACCUGUGAGCUCGCCUGUUUAUGGCUAUCUCCGAUGUCGACGCCGUCAUCGAGUUCUUGAGGAUCAAUGGAUUCUCAGAGGCUGAGUUUGCCCUCAAGCAGGACGUAGUCGAGAAAGCUGAUCUGAGAUCCUUUGACUACGAGAAAUUCUUCUUCCCUAUGGUUCCUCCGCUGCCGCCGGUCAGGGUCCGGUCGUUUAACCGGCUGUCCCCCACUGAUUGCUCCUCGGAAGAUGAGUUUGUGAGCUUGAGUUCUUCUACUUCUGAUGUUUGUUCUUCUGAAUUCGUCAAUCCAUAUGGAAUCCGUUCCUCAUCUCGGAAUGAUUCUGAAUCUUCAUCUGAUAGACAAUCUCAAUUUGGAACGGCACGAGAUCACCAUGAAUUCGAUAUGCAAAAUGAAUCGUAUUGGUGUAACGAGAAAGAUGAUGACAAUUUCAUGACUCCUAGCUUUGAAGGGCCAGAUUUUUUUGGCUCUCCGACUGAGGACAAGUUCAUAACCACAUCAGAAAUGGACAAUCAACACGCGAAUCUUCUGAGUCUUAGUUACAUCUCUGAAGGACUUCAAUCAGAGCAAAAUGGUGAUUGUAUAGACAAGACUUGCCUUCCUAAUAAUCUCUUUGAAAGGGAUCGAAGUGUUUCCUAUUCUAAAGACCAUUGUAGCGUGGGUGAGGAAGAUCAGCUUGAAUCAGGAUUAUUGGAAAAGGAUAUUCAUCUGAAUGCUAUGAACCAAACGUUUGACUUUUACAUAGGCAAUAAAGAUGCUUGGAAGGGGAACAAAGAUUCUUAUGACCUGACAAUCGAAGUUGCUGAAAUUAACAGCUUGGAAGCUCGAGACGAUAGAGUUUUAACUGAAGAAUAUCUCGAAUCAGAUGGUGCUGCAGAUGAAGCGGAUAUCACUGAUGAUGAACUGAUCAAAUACAUUCCUGAGGAUGACUAUGAAGUAUUUGAGCUAAGAAUUAUUCAUAGAAAAAACAGGACUGGAUUUGAAGAAAGCAAGGAUCUUCCCAUUGUACUGAAUACAGUCAUAGCUGGCAGAUACUACAUUACAGCUUAUCUUGGUUCAGCAGCCUUCAGUAAUGUUGUUCAGGCACAUGAUCUUCACAUGGGAGUAGAUGUUUGCUUGAAGAUCAUAAAAAAUGAUAAAGACUUCUUUGAUCAAAGCUUAGAUGAAAUCAAACUUCUUAAACUUAUCAAUAAGCACGACCCAGCUGAUCGAUUCCAUGUACUGCGUCUUUAUGACUACUUCUAUCACCAGGAACAUCUGUUCAUUGUUACUGAGCUUCUGCGAGCAAACUUAUAUGAAUUUCAGAAAUUCAACCAAGAAUCUGGUGAUGAAGCAUAUUUUACAAUGAGCAGGUUGCAGUACAUUACUCACCAGUGCUUGGAGGCAUUGCAAUACUUGCAUAACUUGGGAAUCAUUCACUGUGACCUGAAGCCAGAAAAUAUUCUGAUAAAAAGUUACAGAAGAUGUGAGAUCAAGGUCAUUGAUCUGGGAAGCAGUUGCUUUCACGCUGACAACUUGUGUCUAUACGUGCAAUCACGAUCCUACAGGGCUCCUGAAGUGAUGCUAGGCCUCCAAUAUGAUGAAAAGAUUGAUAUAUGGUCCCUUGGCUGCAUCUUAGCUGAACUUUGCUCUGGUGAAGUUCUCUUUCCAAACGACGCAGUUGUCAUGAUUCUAGCACGAAUGAUUGGAAUGCUUGGUCCUAUUGAUCUUGAGAUGUUGGUCAAAGGACAGGAAACUCACAAGUACUUCACCAAGGAAUUUGAUAUUUAUUAUGUCAAUGAGGAGACAGAUAAAGUUGAGCAUAUAAUUCCAGAAGAGUCAUCAUUGGAGCAGCACUUGCAGGUUACAGAUGCUUUGUUCAUAGACUUUGUAAGAUACUUGCUUAGCAUAAACCCUAAAACAAGACCUACUGCAGCACAGGCGUUAAGACACCCAUGGCUUUCCUAUGCCUAUAAGUCCAAGGACAAGAAUGUUCAUUAACUUAAUUCUGAUGGAGUUGCAUUUAUUAGAGCUUGCAAUCACAAUUUUGGCUUUUGUUUUGUAUUCAACAGCAACUGGAUUCACUUUUUCCAGUUGCAUGCUUGUUCUUGUUCUUCUUGUUGAUAUCAACAUUGUGUUCUUUUGCACAGAAGUUAUGCAUAUCAUGCCUUGCAUGGAGGUGAGGUUUGAGCAUCA